AAGAAGAAGAUGAGGACAUGUUUGAGGCAGCACUUCCAACAAGAAGAAGAAGAUGAGGACAUGUUUGAGGCAGCACUUCCAACAAGAAGAAGAUGAGGACUUUUUUUAAGGCAGCACUUCCAACAAGAAGAAGAUGAGGACUUUUUUUAAGGCAGCACUUCCAACAAGAAGAAGAUGAGGACAUGUUUGAGGCAGCACUUCCAACAAGAAGAAGAUGAGGACAUGUUUGAGGCAGCACUUCCAACAAGAAGAAGAUGAGGACAUGUUUGAGGCAGCACUUCCAACAAGAAGAAGAAGAUGAGGACAUGUUUGAGGCAGCACUUCCAACAAGAAGAAGAUGAGGACAUGUUUGAGGCAGCACUUCCAACAAGAAGAAGAUGAGGACAUGUUUGAGGCAGCACUUCCAACAAGAAGAAGAUGAGGACAUGUUUGAGGCAGCACUUCCAACAAGAAGAAGAUGAGGACAUGUUUGAGGCAGCACUUCCAACAAGAAGAAGAUGAGGACAUGUUUGAGGCAGCACUUCCAACAAGAAGAAGAAGAUGAGGACAUGUUUGAGGCAGCACUUCCAACAAGAAGAAGAUGAGGACAUGUUUGAGGCAGCACUUCCAACAAGAAGAAGAAGAUGAGGACAUGUUUGAGGCAGCACUUCCAACAAGAAGAAGAUGAGGACAUGUUUGAGGCAGCACUUCCAACAAGAAGAAGAUGAGGACAUGUUUGAGGCAGCACUUCCAACAAGAAGAAGAUGAGGACAUGUUUGAGGCAGCACUUCCAACAAGAAGAAGAUGAGGACAUGUUUGAGGCAGCACUUCCAACAAGAAGAAGAUGAGGACAUGUUUGAGGCAGCACUUCCAACAAGAAGAAGAUGAGGACAUGUUUGAGGCAGCACUUCCAACAAGAAGAAGAAGAUGAGGACAUGUUUGAGGCAGCACUUCCAACAAGAAGAAGAAGAUGAGGACAUGUUUGAGGCAGCACUUCCAACAAGAAGAAGGACUAGAAGUGACGUCAUACCUGAGGUUCAAACACUGAUGACAUCUAUGAAACAGACAAGAAGCAAGGAAUUUUGCAGCGGCAGAUUUCAAUUUGGCUCAAUGAGGAGAGACGUUUGGGGCUGCACACUCGCUUACAAUCUCCCACCACGCUCUAAGGACUUCUGUGCCUUGAUGGUCACAUGAUCGCUGGAGGCCACAUGCCGGUGAUGGAGGAGCUUGUCACUGACACCAACAGCGUGCCAAAGCGCAUUGCUCUGAUCUGCUUCCUGUCUCUGGUGAUGCUGAUGAGCAUCUUGGGAAACCUGCUGGUCAUGGUGGCCGUCUGCAAGGACCGACAACUCAGGAAAAUCAAGACCAACUACUUCAUCGUCUCUCUGGCCUUCGCCGACCUGCUGGUGUCGGUCCUGGUGAUGCCGUUCGGCGCCAUGGACCUGGUCCACCAGCACUGGAUCUACGGCGAGACCUUCUGCCUGGUCCGCACCUCCCUGGACGUCCUGCUGACCACGGCCUCCAUCAUGCACCUGUGCUGUAUCGCCCUGGACAGGUAUUACGCCAUCUGCUGCCAGCCUCUGGUGUAUGGCAACAAGAUGACGCCCAUGCGAGUGGCGCUGAUGAUUGGCGGCUGCUGGGUCAUUCCCGCCUUCAUCUCCUUCCUGCCCAUCAUGCAAGGAUGGAACACCAUCGGCAUCGACCACGUGAUCGAGCUGCGGCGCCACACGGAGGGCAGCAACUCCACGUCGUGCGUCUUCAUGGUCAACAAGCCGUACGCGCUCACCUGCUCGGUGGUGGCCUUCUACAUCCCCCUGGUGCUCAUGGUGCUGGCCUACCAGAGGAUCUACGUCACGGCGCGAGCCCACGCCCUGCAAAUUAGCAUGCUGCAGCGGGCGGGGGGCGGAGGCGCGCCGGUUUCUUCGGACUCGGCCGACCACCAGCGCAACCACCGCAUGCGCACGGAAACCAAAGCGGCAAAGACGCUGUGUAUCAUUAUGGGAUGUUUCUGCCUCUGCUGGGCGCCCUUCUUCAUCACCAACGUGGUGGACCCCUUCAUCCACUACACUGUGCCCGAGAAGCUGUGGGCCGCCUGCCUGUGGCUGGGCUACAUCAACUCCAUGCUCAACCCCAUCCUCUACGCCUUCCUCAACAAGUCCUUCCGCCGCGCCUUCCUCAGCAUCCUCUGCUGCGGCAGCAACAGGUACCGCCGACCUUCCGUCCUGGGCUCCGGCGCCCCCUGCACCGCCACGCAGAUCAACGGCUCCACGCACGUCCUCAAGUAUUCUGUGCUCCACAACGGGAACCAGGCGGCACACAAGAAAACAAGACUGCACGCCGACGCCGAGUCCUGCUUAUGACUCCUGAUGACGGCCACGCCCUUGCUCCGGCGACCACACCCCAUCCACGGACCUCACGCGUGCGUCUAGACGGCAAACUUGCCGACAGGAACGUUGGCCAGAACGGGCAGAGAGGACCCGAGGGGACCCGAGGGGACCCGAGGGGACCCGAGGGGACCCCC